AUGAAGCUGAACACACCUGAGAGAUGUCAGACAGGUGAGUUUCAGCCAGACACACGGAGCUCGGCAUUACCCCACUGUUAUUACAGGUGAAGGAAAACAAGAAGAGUGAUGGGUCAGGGUCACAGCUCCGCCUCCCCUCAGGUGAUCCUGAUGGGUUUGGACUCUGCUGGGAAGUCGACUCUGUUAGCCCGCCUCCUGACAGGACAGGUGAUGGAGACGUCUCCGACCAUUGGGUUCAAUGUGGGAUCUGUGGACCUCGACAAGAAGACGUCUCUGACUGUGUGGGACAUUGGAGGACAGAAGAACAUGAGGGCCAACUGGAGGUACUACCUGGACGACUCUAAGGCUCUGGUGUUCAUGGUGGACAGCAGCGACCGGUCCCGGCUGCCGGAGGCUCAGAAGGUUCUGAAGAAGGUUCUGAAUGACGAGAAGCUCCGAGGAGUUCCUCUCAUGGUUCUCGCCAAUAAGAAGGAUCUGCCCCACUCCAUGACCAUCAGAGAGAUCUCCAAUCAGUUGGACCUUCCCAGUUACGUAGACCGGCUGUGGGAGAUUCAGGCCUGCAGUGCUCUGAAAGGACUCGGCCUCCAACAGGCCUUCAUGUCCGUCAACAAACUCAUCAAGAAGAGCUGAGAGGAGGAGGAGGAUGAGGAGGAGGAGGAGGAGGAGGAGCGUAGAGAGAGUGGAUAAAGAGAGAAAUGAUGUGACGGAAACUAGUAAAUGUUAAUGUCUCUACAUUUAUUAUUUAUAAUAAUUAUCUGUUGUUUGCUGUAAGGAUGUAACGACUGAUCAAUAAUCAGACUGUAGGGACCGAUUAUUAAAGUCUCAUAUCAGUGAUCUA